UUUGGGGGGGGAAGGCCCCUUCCUUUCCUUUCCUGUCUGAUGGAGAGGAAGCUGCACAUUCUGCAUGGCUGCAAGGAGCAGCAGAGAGAAAAAUGCUGUGCUGUCAGUCAUCUGGAAAACCACCAACUCCCAAAGAUGUCCUCUGCUUCGUCUGAACGGGGAGCUUGCCCGGCGUUCCCCAGGAGGAAGCAGUUUCGUUGACAUACUCCACUGAGAAAUUGCAGCAGGACUGGAGGCUUGGACUUGGACAGCGGACUGAGAGAGGCCUGAAUCUUUCCUGGGUGGGUUUUGGGUGGGACGAACACAAAAAUGGCUACGGAACAGGAAGCGUCGGCAACCCUGGGCCUCCGUUUCCAGUCUGCGCCGGAGGAUGUGGCUCUGCCCCCCGUGGACCCAGAAGGUCAGGGUUCAGCAGCCAGGUUGGAAGGGCCUCACAAACUCCACCACACCAACCUUUGUGGGAAAAACGAGGACCUCCUGAACUGCAGUGGGGAGCAGGCGGUCAGAAGACCCAAAUGGGGCAAUCCACCACUCCUGCUUCCUGCCCCUUGGGAAGUCACAAAGACUUGCCUGCCUUCCUUGCAUGGGCUGGCCGAUCCGAGGAGAGAACAGGCCACACAACUCCUACCAGGCCACAGUGGGGAAGCCAAACCGCCCUCCAGCUGCUUGGACUCUGAGGUGGGCUACUUAGAACCAUGGGGGGAUCGCUCGGAAAAGGAUGCCAUCGCCAUGGAGACGCAGCGGCUGAACUUCCGCCAGUUCCACUACCAGGAAGUCGAGGGACCACGGGAAGUGUGCAGCCAGCUCUGGUACCUGUGCCACCGGUGGCUGAAGCCGGAGAGGCACACCAAGGAGCAGAUCCUGGAGCUGGUGAUCCUGGAGCAGUUCCUGGCCAUCCUGCCGCCGGAGAUCCAGACCUGGGUGAAGAGAGGAGGGCCCGAGAGCUGCGCCCGGGCAGUGGCCCUGGCCGAAGGCUUCCUGCAGGGACAACGGGAAGCUGGGAGUUGCGGGGAACAGGAGGUUUACCAGCAGGAGAUGCCCGUGAAUCCCCUUGAAGCUGAUCAGGCGCCUUCAGAGACAGGAGAGAAGCAGCCUGGUGCAGAGGUGAAGCAGGAGGGCAACAGGGGUGGCCGCUGCAUGGAUGACAGACAGAUGAGAGAAAUGGAGGAUUCACAGGUGAAAAUUGCAGAGCCGGUGGAGCUGCCAGACAAGGGGGAAGGAAGGUGUUUCCUACCGACAACAGAGGAAGAAGAAGAAGAUGCUCCUUCGAUGCAGCCUGGACCCAAGAGGAAGUUGGGAAAGGGCCCACAGGAGAGCGCCACUUGUGGAGAAGCCUCUGCCCACCUCGGCGAACCCACAAACCAUCCGAAACCUCCCCGAGGCAAGCGGGAGACGACCUGUGGCGUCUGCGGGAAGAGCUUCAGCCGCCGGACGGGCCUGCUGGCCCACGAGAGGGUGCACACGGGCGAGAAGCCCUACAAGUGCCCGCACUGCGGGCGCAGCUUCCGCUCCAAGUCCACCCUGGUGGUUCACCAGAGGACCCACACGGGCGAGAAGCCCUACCGGUGCCAGGCCUGCGGGAAGAGCUUCCCGGUGACCACGCAGCUCAUUGAGCACGAGAGGACCCACUCGGGCGAGAAGCCCUACCAGUGCGCCGAGUGCGGGCAGAGCUUCCGCCAGCGCUCGCACCUCAAGAACCACCAGAAGAUCCACACGGGCCUCAAGCCCUUCAAGUGCUCGUACUGCGGCAAGGGCUUCAGCAUCAGCUCGGACCUCAUCCGGCACGAGAGGGCCCACACCGGAGAGAAGCCCUACCAGUGCCCGGACUGCGGGAAGCGCUUCUGCAACAGCUCACAGGUCAUCACGCACCGCCGGGUCCACACCGGGGAAAAACCCUACAAGUGCCUGGAGUGCGGGAAAGGCUUCGCCGUCAGCCAGCAGCUCAUCCGGCACCAGGCGGUCCACACGGGGGAAAAGCCCUACCAGUGCCUGGAGUGCGGGAAAACUUUUGGUGUCAGCACCCUCCUGGCCGGGCACCUGAGGAUCCACACGGGGGAGAAGCCGUACGAGUGCUCCGAGUGCGGGAAGCGCUUCCGCCUCCGCUCGACGCUCAUCACGCACCUGAAAAUCCACGUGGCGAGAAAAAGUUAGGGCCGGAAGGGGAAGGGGAAGAAAGAGAGGGGAGAGUUUGUGUAAAGAGGAAUCAGUGCUAGGUAAAAAGGUUCGAAUCCCAGCAAAGGGGUGAGCUCUUCUUCUUUGAAAAAAAAGAAAAAGGUAAAGGAUCCCUGGAUGGUUAAGUCCAGUCAAAGGCGACUAUGUUGGUGUUUUGCAACUUUGACCUGUUGCAGGACCUUAGCCAGACCUUAGCAGAGCAUAUGCAGAGUUCUCGAAAGCAAUCAGCUGCAGGCAGGAUGGAUGAAGCAGGAACCAGUAACUUGUUACUUAUAGCUGUGUUUAUUAUUUAUAGCAGACUUCAAGUUACUACAGUGGUACCUCAGGUUACAUACGCUUCAGGUUACAGACGCUUCAGGUUACAGACUCCGCUAACCCAGAAAUAGUUAAACCACAGGGAAUUGUAACUCUCUGAGGGGGACCAAGGGUCUACUAACAACUCAUCAGUAUCCUUAAAAAAACCACAGCUCCCCGAAUUGCUUGAAGCCAGGAUUGCUUGAAGUGCUAUCUUACCAGUUUAAAUGUAUGGGGUGCGUGUGGCUGCUGACCCAUCGAUUUAAGACUUCGAAAUGUCGAAAGCUCUUCUCAUACAGGACCCUAGUUUGCACAUCGCACGAAGCCAAGCCACACAGGCUCCCAGGGACGCUUCACUCCCCGCCCAGUAAUUUGCAGCUGUGCUAAGCUAAGCUUGGCUUGGCAUGUCCCCCAAACCAGGGUCUCAUGGUUGAACUAGCCCUGGUUCAGACUAACCAUGAUUUGGCCUGUGGUUUACGGCUUGUAGUUAGGAAAAGCUAGACCCACAAGCCCAGGUUGGGAUGGAGUGCUAAGCUAAGCUACGGCUUACAAUCAUCGAAUCAUAUAGCUGGAAGGGACCCUAAGGGUCCUCUAGUCCAGCCCUGCGUUGCAGGAAUCUCAACUGAAGCAUCCAUGGCAGACGGCCAUCCAACCUCUGCUUGAAAACCUAAGUUCAGUCUAGAACAGCAGCCAAGCAAACAGGAUAAGGAAAGUGGCCGCAAUCUCCUCUCCACACAUUCAAGCUGAUCCAGUGUUUCCCCAACUUGAGUCAGCUGUUUUGGGACUACAAUUACCAUGAUCCCCGACCGCUGGUCCUGCUAGCUAGGGAUGAUGGGAGUCGCAGUCCCAAAACAGCUGGAGACCCAAGUUGGAGAAAUGCAGAGCUAAGCCAUGGUUUGGCUUGGCAUGACACGUGAACCAGACUAUCUUAACAACAACCCUGUAAGGUAGGUCAGCACGAAACCAAUAGCGGAAAGACGAGAUAGA